ACUAGGUAUGAUCCUCGUUAUUGUUUGAUAUUCGGAUCUAUCCUACUACCCUUCUGCUCCAAGCUCAAGGCAUAUUGGGUGGGGUUGACCUAUACAUAGAUACAGAAGCGUUGCUCUCCAUAGAAACUACAACUUCCAUCAGGCACUACUUCGGAGGAACAGGAAGAGAUGUGGGGGGAGGGGUGGCCUCAGAGCCUGGUGUCUUGAAAGAGAAACUACGACUCCCAGGAUAGCUGAGCUCUCAGCCUUACUGUGGGAGUGACAGAACUGAGACCAGACUCUGGGCGAGGAGGCCCGGAACCACCCAGACAGCAGCCAGAAAGGGGCGUGGUUGUAAUUUAGGGGCGUGGCACUGUGAGCAGCAGGAAGAAAUUACCUGUUGAAUCAUUCUGUCCAUUUUUCCUCAACCCUUGCAGCUACCCUUAAGAGGGAAGCGGCAGACCCUAAGCCUUUUCUGAAAGAGAGGUAAGGGGAGAUAGCCAAGGGACAGCAGAGGAGACUGACUAUUCCGUAGCAGGGAGCCAAAGGCUACUUUUGACUUGCUGAGUCAGGUGAGCCAGUCCCAUGGGGGCCAGGACCAGCAUAUGAGAAAAAGGAAAGGGCUUAAGAGAUAUUUGUUCGUUUUCAAGGCUGAAUUUAGAGCCCUUCACCUGCGGAUUGAUUUGGUAGACUGUGUCUGGGGCACUUUCGGGACAGCUAGUGGAAGGCGGAUCCAGGCAGCCUCCCGUUAGAGUUUUCCCUAGCGUCCCCCCGCCCCCCCCCCCCAAUAGUGUCCAAUGGCUUCUGUGGUCUGGGGCAGUACGCCCUGGUGGGGUCCGCCACCCCCGUCCCCAGCCCGGCCGCUCACGGACAUCGACUUCUGCUCUGGGGCGCUACUGCAGGAACUAACCCAGCUGAUACAGGAACUAGGCGUGCAGGAGAGCUGGAGUGACGGACCCAAUCCUGGACCAGACCUCCUCAGAGCCAAGGACUUUGUCUUCUCUUUGCUAGGUCUAGUUCACCGCCGGGACCCCCGCUUUCCUCCUCAGACAGAGCUCCUGCUGCUUCGUGGUGGUAUUCGCGAGGGCUCCCUGGAUCUGGGGCCUGCACCUCUAGGUCCCUAUGCCCGAGGCCCGCACUACGACGCAGGCUUCACGCUCCUGGUGCCUGUGUUUUCUCUAGACGGCCCUGGGCAGGAACUGCAAAUGGACAGAGCGUCCUGCUCCGCACGGCUGUGCCUCCCAGAGCUGAUGGGCGCGACCCCGGUGCGGGAGGCUUGGCGGGAUUGCCUAGGACCCCCCUUCGCAGGGGGACAAGGUCCCACGCAACGAACCCAAAGUGAGGAAAGCCCCAAGGGCCAGCAGCACGAGCACAUCACCGAGCUUGAGACUGAAGCCUCUUCGGAAAAAUCACCUAGUGACGUUUCAAGGCCUGAGUCGCCUCCGCAGGACUUAACAGGCCUGGGCUUUCCCGCAUCUUUGGAAAAACUGAGCGAUGGCGUCCCGGAGGCAGCGGCGGGGAGCUCGGUCCCAGGACCCGCGGGAGUGUCGGGGACUUGGCCCACGCUGUGCCCCGCCCAGGUGGCUGCCUGGUUCUUUUCCUCGCUGGCCGCGGUCGCCGAGUCCCUGUUCCCGGUCCCCGGGGCUCCACGCUUGGUCCACGCUGCCCGACACGCGGGCUUUACCACCGUGCUCCUGGCUACUCCAGGCCCCCCACGCCACCUCCUACUCUUCGAUUUGAUCCCGGUGGUAUCGGUGGCGGGUUGGCCCGAGGGGGCACGGAGCCACUCGUGGGCUGGCCCGCUAGCCUCGGAGCCGUCCUCCUUUUACCUUGUGCCCGGCGGCCUCGCAGAGCGGCCGGGCGCCUCCAGCUGGCUGCUCUGCUUUGCCCGGCAGGAGCUGGCGCUCAAGGCGCGCACCCCGGCUCCGCUGUUGCAAGCGCACGCGGCUGCCCAGGCGCUCCUGCGCCCCCUGGUGGCCGGGACCCGGGCUGCGGCGCCCUACCUCCUGCGGACCUUGCUCUACUGGGCGUGUGAGCGGCUGCCCGCGCUCUAUCUGGCGCGGCCCGAGAACACAGGCGCCUGCUGCCUUGGGCUACUCGAUGAGUUGGGCCGUGUGCUCGAGGCCGGGACGCUGCCCCACUAUUUUCUGAGCGGCCGAAAGCUCCUGGCUGGGGACGGCGCCGCAGCGCUGCUAUCGGCGUUGGCCAGACUUCGAGGCGACCCUGCCCGGGCCCUUCGCGCGGCGGUGGAGGAGGCCAAGGCUGCACGCAAGGGGGGCGGCUUAGCUGGCGUGGGAGGUGGGGCUCAUUAAAGACACGGCUCCUGCC